UCCCAUUUACUAGCAAUUGCAGGGCUUAUGGGGCUGCUGCUAUUGUAUAAUGUAUGGAGAAUAAAGAGUUUUGCUCACAGGGGUAAGGGCAGGUCAGCCCCAGAACCAUCUGGCGCCUGGCCAUUUGUAGGUCACCUUCAUCUACUCAGUGGCCCAACGCCUAUUUUUCGAACCCUUGCAGCCAUGGCUGAUAAGCAUGGUCCGGUCUUCAUGAUCGGGCGCUUGUGGUGAGCAGCCAUGAGGCUGUUAAAGAAUGCCUCACUACCAACGGCAAGGCUUUCGCCUCACGCCCAAGUUCCAGUGCAGGAAAGCUUUUAGGAUACAAUUAUGCUGGAUUUGGAUUUGCACCUUAUGGGCCUCUCUGGCGUGAGAUGCGCAAGCUAUCCGUGACGGAACUUCUCUCAAACCGUCCCCUUAAUGAGUUGAAGCAUGUUCUGGUUUCUGAAUUGGAUGUUUGCAUCAGAGAUCUCUACUCACUUGGCAAAGAGACAAACUGAGUGAAUCCGAUUAAGGUAGCCAUGAGUGAGUGGCUUGAACAGUUGACCUUCAAUGUGGUCCUAAGGAUGGUUGCAGGGAAGAGAUAUUUUGGUAAUGGGGUCCAUGGAAAUGAAGAAGCAAGGCAUGCCAUAGCAGUUAUUAAGAAAUUCAUUUUUCUAACUGGAGUCUUUGUUGCAUCUGAUGCCAUUCCAUUUGUAGAAUGGAUGGAUUUGCAAGGCCAUUUGGGGUCUAUGAAGCGUGUAGCCGAGCAGUUGGACCCUUUUGUGGAAGGUUGGGUAGAAGAGCAUGUUACGAAACUCAAGAGUGACCCCAGCAUCAGGCAAGACUUCAUUGAUGUGAUGCUAUCUGUUCUCAAAGACAAUUCGAUGUUUGGCCAUAGACGAGAAACUGUUAUCAAGGCAACAGUAAUGACCCUGAUUGUGGGAGGGUCAGAGACCACCUCUAUUGCCUCUAUAUGGAUCUUGUCUGCAUUAUUGAACAAUAGGCAUGCUUUGAAGCGUGCUCAAGAGGAGCUAGAUCUAAAAGUUGGUAGAGGCAGAUGGGUAGAAGAAUCUGAUAUUCAAAACCUGAUUUACCUUCAAGCUGCUGUUAAGGAGACUCUCAGGCUGUAUCCACCAGGUCCCCUAUUAGUACCGCAUGAAGCCAUUCAAGACUGUAAUGUUUGUGGAUACCAUAUUCCAAAAGGAACCCGCUUGUUGGUGAAUGUGUGGAAGUUGCAUCGAGAUCCAGAUGCCUGGUCAGAUCCGGAAGAGUUCCAACCAGAGAGGUUUUUAACAACUCAUGCAAAUUUAAAUGUGUUUGGUCAGCAUUCUGAGCUCAUCCCAUUUAGCUCAGGGAGAAGAUCUUGCCCGGGAAUCGCUUUGGCCUUACAAAUUUUACACUUGACGGUUGCUCGGCUACUUCAAGGGUACGACAUGACAACACCAUUGAAUGCUCCGGUGGACAUGACCGAAGGCAUAGGCCUUGCCAUGCCCAAGGAAACUCCACUAGAAGUAAUGCUCACACCGCGCCUUCCUUCCCUACUUUAUUAACGUUGCAAGAGGAUGCUACCCAUGACUCUUGUUUUGUGUAUGUAUUAACUUUUAUUCAAGUAUGUAUAAGCCCAUGUUAAGAUACCUCCUAUUUACU